GACAAAAUAGCCUCGCCUCGAACCAAGAUCACAGAGUAGGUGACAUCGACAGCGACAGCAGUCUUUGUCACUCGUCAACGUACAUCUGCCUACAUGACUCCAUGCCAGCACUACCGAUGUACGACGAAGCUAUCAUGGUGUACGAGAAAUCAACACAUUAUUGAUACCCCCGCAGAGACAACAGGCCCGAGGGUCCGGCCCGUCUAUGUCUCGGUAGCGGAUCUCUGAUAUAGAUUGCAACAUAUUAGUCCGUAUUAAACAGGACCAUGAAUCAGGAUUUUCGAUCGAUUUGCUCAACCAACACCUUCUCCCAGCCCGACAAGCCUCUCAAGUUCUCAAUCAGUGUCAACACAAUAAUACCCUACUGAGUGCAAGUUUAAGCAAAAAUCAAAUCACUUUUAUCGCACACAACAUGUCCUCCUACAAGGCUACCAACCCCUUACCGGAACCACAAACCCCGGAUGCCAUUGUCUCCAUCACACCCUUCGAGUCCGCUCGAAUGAGAAUGCCCAAUUCCAUGGCCAUUUUGGGCGACAGGGGCUCAACCGGCAUCAACUCGUGGCGCUUCUUCAUGCAUCAUAAACCUACCGAUACAAAGUUUUGGUUUGAUCUAGGUAUAGCUCACGACCUAACUCUGUACCCACCACGAAUCAUCGACGUACAACACAAAGUCUUUCAGACCCAACCCGGCACCAGCACGGCCGCUGAAGACACCCAAUCCCUGAACCACGACCCUUCCGAGGUCAAAUACAUAAUAGCCAGUCACGCCCAUUGGGACCACAUAUUCCCAGCCGACUCACUCUUUCCCAACGCCACCGUCCUUUGCGGUGCCGGCACCUUGUCCUGGGCCACCCCUUCGUAUCCCAGCGACCCUGACAGUACGUUCGACGGUCGCAUAUGGGACACCACCACCGCCGCCACCGACGGACGGCAAGGCCACGCUCGUCUCCCAGUGCGAGAACUAUCGUCACCCGCCACGUCACCUGAAGAAUGGAAACCCCUGGGUCCCUUUGACCACGCGCUCGACUUCUUCGGCGACGGUUCCUUCCACCUCAUCGACGCCCCGGGCCACUGUGCCGGCAACCUCGCCGCCCUGGCCCGCACGCGUAACGCCGCCGGCGAGCUGCGGUACUGUUUUCUCGGUGGGGACUGCUUCCACAGCCCCCUCUUCAUGCAGUACCCCGACGCCCCCUUUGGGAAGGGCGUCAAGGUCACCCCGACCGACACGUUCCACGAGGACGAGGCCGGCGCGAGGAAGGUCAUCCGACAGACGGCCGAGCUGAAGCGGGAGGAAGGGACGAGGGCCCUGAUCUGGAUCGCCCACUGCGAGACCUUGGAGGGAUUGUUCGAAUUCACACCCCACCUACGCCUCGAGUAA